GAGAUUAUGAGGACUGAGGAAACAAGAGGAAACAUAACAUUGUGGUUUGAAUAUGAGCAAAUACAAUUGUUUUGACAUUUUAAUUUAAAACAAUUCCAUUUAUUUUCAAUAUCUUUGCCGCUACGAAAUGCAGUUGAGAGAUAUUAUAUUCUUCGUCGCACUACUUAGUUCAAUACCAUUCGGUCAUGUUGUGAAAAAGGUCAAAUCUCCGUCCCGAAAGCGUCUUAUUUGCACUGUUGCUGGGGUAUUUCUUGUAUUAUUUCUCAAUGGAGUUCAGGAUUUCUGGCAUUCAUUCUUAACUAUCCUUGCCACAUAUUGGAUUUGCAAAUCGUCCAGAUAUAGCAGAUGGUGUAAUUGGCUCUCCUUUCUCUGCAUUUUUGGUUACCUGUUCUUCUUUAGAGCGUGCACGUAUGUUGGACUUCCCCAUCCCUCACCUUACAGUGAUAAUGUUCAACUAUUUUUAACUCUAAGAAUGGUGGGACUGGCAUUUGAAAUUCAUGAUACAACUGCAGCUAUAAAAGCAAGAGCUUCAACUGAGCAGGAAGACAAUGAAAUAAGUGAUCAUGAGAAAGACUUACAAGAUAUGUCAUUUUACCAUUUCUUGAGCUAUGGUUACUGUUAUUGUGGUAUUUUUACUGGACCAUACUAUAAAUACAAGACAUAUUCAGAUAUGUUAAAUCAGUCUAACUCUGAAGAAAUUCCAACUCUUGAUCUUGCAAUGAAGUGGCUGACAUAUUUACCCAUAUUUCUUGCUGGCUACGCUUUUUUCAGUCAAUGGUUUCCCGCAUACUUGGGCAACGAUCUUUUUCAUAAUCAAUCAAUUCUGAUUCAGAUAAUUAUGCUAGCCUUGGCAGACAUUCGCUUCAGGUGUAGACUGUACAUUGGUACUCAUAUGUCUGAAAGUAGUUGUGUGACAUUAUGUCUUGGGGCAUAUCCUGUUGAAUCAUGCCCAAUACCAGGGCAAGGUCCUACCAAAAAGAUUAAAGACAUUCCAGAGAAAGGAAAGGAGAAUGGAAAUUGGGAUAUGGUAACAGCAGACAAGAAAUACAGUUUUGAAACAAUCCGUGGAAUGUAUGUAAGAAAUGUGGAGCUCUCUUCAUUAAAAGACAUGAUCAGAAGUUGGAAUACAACAGUUCAGUGGUGGAUGGCUGCUUAUGUUUAUCAACAAUUCCCAUUUAGACAAAAAUUAGUUAGGUACCUUGCUGUGGCUGCUGUUAGUGCAUUUUGGCAUGGUCUAGCACCUGGAUAUUAUCUUUCUUUCCUAUUUAUUCCAUUUGCUCAAAAGAUUCAAGAAAGAUGUGCAAAGAAAUUUCUUCCAUAUCUUAAUGAGCGACAACAAGUGUGGUAUUUCUGGAUCAGUUGGUUUAUUGGCUAUCGCUUGUUAGAGUACUUUGGUGUUGGUGUUUGGGUCCAUACAUUCUCAUUAACAUUACGUUGUUGGAAAAGUAUGUGUUAUUAUGGGCACAUUCUGCUUCUUGUCUUUUUUCUACUUACAAUUAUUGUACCUGAUGCACCAUCUAAGCCACAUGAGAAACUGUUACACGAAAAAUCACACGAGAAAACAUCUUAACUUUUGUGAUUUUCCUAAAUGAGUUCACUAAGUACCUGGUUGUUACCUAAUUGUGGUUUUCAUUAUUGUAAUUCAUAUCAAGAAAAGUUUUUCGACAGACAAAGCGUUUUAUUCACCACUAUUUCACUAUCAAACUACCAACAAGCAGUCCUUUACGAUGAAUUACGAGAGGAAACUACUAACGCUUUAAAAUCGUCUACACAAAGCUAUUUGUUGCUCAUAUAUCUGAAAAACAAAACCUCAAAAUCCGACCAACUCUACUCUCUCCUACUUAUACCAAGGACAAGGUGCUUACUAUUUGAGCGAGGUAGUCGUAGUUGAACUAAACAGAUAACAAUCUAUGCCUCAAUGAGAUGAGAUAGUAUAUUUUUAAAUUUUCGGAAUCAGCGCAAACAAAUUGAUAUCUUUUGAAUUAUUGGAGGAGGUUUGUGAGAAUGGUAAGCAACCCGAUAAACCUUACAUGGCCUUAAACAACCAAAUAACAAGAAGAUAAUAUUAAGCAUGCAGCGUUGAUUAAAACUGUAAUUUUGUUCUAUUUAUGAAAUUUUGUCAUGAGAUAUCUUAUAGAAUUACGUAAUGUUCACAUAAUUGGGCGGUUGCCCAUAUUGAAGAUUUACAAUGAAAAAUGCAUACAAAUGUAUUUAAAUUUUAGAAUACGCAUUUGAACGUGUAGUCGAGUUUAUCAUAGAACUUUAUGAAAUUAGUUAUAAAAUGAAUCGUUAUAUUUAGGAUUUUGGCAUAGGUAUAUGACAUAAAGUCCGACCUUUGAGAUAUUUAUCAUACGAACGAUGAGAAAAAGUUUCAAGAACGAACUUGUGAUGUAACCUGUGAUGUAACAGAUAGAUAAAAAACCUGACCAACUUUCGGGAAUAAUGCGUGACGAGGGUCGAGGCUUGUAGAUCACAAGCCACCAGCCUCAAUUUCAUGCUAUAAAAAUAAUUCUUACGAUUGUCGAGUCAGAAAAUAUUUCUCAUGCAUUUUGAAGAAGCAUGUUCUGUUUCUUUGUCUAUAGAAAAAAUUUAAAAGCCACUGCUUGAGGCAUGUGCAGCAGAAUAUUUUCCCUCAAGAUGCAAUGAAAUAACUAUCAAAUAGCUUUACGUGUAGGCGUGCUAUGUUAGAAGAAAACUAUUUAUAAAAUAAAUCCAAAAUAUGGUUCAAACUGAUUGGAAUAUAUAAAUAUUGUGUAUUCACGCCACGUGCAUAAGGAGUUGCAUGUUCCAUGCAACAUUUCAUAAUCUACAUCGGUUGGCUAAUAACUAGUAAACAGCGAUUUGAGCAAAUUAGACGAUGAAAACAGGUGGUCUCAACCUCGUACCCAGGGUCUUUACUCUACUCGUAGAGUAAAGACCCUGGGUACGAGGUUGAGGUGGUCUUACCU